GCAUAUUGCAGCGGCAUUUCAACUGAUAGUUUUAAUAAACUAAUUGUAAAUUGAUUUUUCGUUUUAAGUUUUGAUCCAUAUCCCUCGGCUUAUGCUAUUGUUCCCUCCCGCACAUUCUUUCAGACACAACGCCAUGAAGAAGAAGAAGAAAGGACUCUGCCCAUGCGUGAGAUCCCGAGUGAUCGAGUUCCACAUUCAAUCAUCUCAGCUGCUGGAAGUUCUGCCAAUCGUCAAGUACUCGGCGUUAUCACUGUUCGCCGACCGCUUCUAUCCUGCUCUCUCCAGACUUGAAGAUAGCAGCGGCACAGAAAAUUGGCUUCUACGUCCAGUUGGAGAAAGUAAUCUGCAGCUAUUUGCCCUGGUUUCGUUAUGGGUAUCGAGCAAAGCACAUAAUACACCUCCCCUAUCUGUUAAAACCUUGAAAUCGUUAGCAGAUAAGUUUAUCAAGGAGCAGCAUUACACAAAGGGGGAUCUUUUGGAAGCUGAGAUGGUCUUCAUGCAGGUACUGGAAUUUGAGAUUGGAAUGUCAAAUAUUGCUUUUGUAUUCGUCGAAGAGCUUCUUAUUCAAUUGAAGGUAGUUGCCCGAGUUGGGGAGCACGUGAAAUUCGAAGCUUGUAUGGAUGUUAUGGAUCUGCUUUACGAAAAUGAAGAGACGUCAGUUCUUUACAGCUCUCCUCAGGCUCUAGCCGCAUCAAUAGUGGUUGUUGCUUAUGUCGUUACAGUACCUCCACAGAGGUGGGACUUUCCGGUUCUUCCUUGGGUAAAAUUUGUGACCUCAUGCAAAGAAGAUGAAAUUGUGGAUACUGUGAGAAUAAUCCUAAAGCAUGUAUUCGAACCGCAAGAGGAUUAAGGAUCAAACUACGGAUAUGGAUUUAUAUAUCUACUUGUGAAAGUUGGAAGGAGUUCGCAACUGUAGGAAGAACCAUUCAAAUCACUGGUGGGCCCACACAUGCAUAAUUUUCUGACCAUUUUGUCCUUUUGCUAGCUUGGUUUGAUGUUUAUCUUUUUCUAUGUUAACUUGUUUAAUGCACUUGUCUUCUGGUCUCAAUUUUUGCGGAUUAUAUAUAAGAUAAAAUUCAAUGGCCAACUGUCAUGUGUGAAAAAUCAUAUGCAUCUUCUCUUACUACUAUGGAUAUUUAUAUUUCUUAUGGGGGGACCACCACCAUAUUUUUCACAUUUUA